AUGCGUGCCUCCACUUUCACGUUCCUCUUUGCCGGCCUGACGAGCACCAUUUUCGCAACCGAUGUGAAUGAGUUCGACAACGCGGACUGCUCUGGCGACGCCAAAUUCCCCCAUGACCUGGGCAUUUUCUUCUCCGCCUCGUCCGCUAGCAUCGACGAUACCACGCAGUGCAUCGACGUCAAGGGCGAUGAUGUAUUCGCUUACGAGGGGGAGUUGGACAAGAACGACGACAACUGCAUCGGUACGCUGCUUGGCACCUUGCCGGAGGCCAAGGUCAAGCCUGAUGAGUUCAUCUCAGGAAAGCGUGUUACUUGCGUCACUCUUGAGACGCCCAGGUAA